ACCACCGGAGAGGGCCUCGAGUGGGGCGUUCUCUUCGGGUUCGGGCCGGGCUUGACGGUCGAGACCGUGAUGCUACACAGCGUCGCCCUACCGCCACAGCCACAACCCAACGGAAACACGAACGGUCAUUAAUUUAAAAAAAAAAUACUUUAACUCCUCACUCACCGGUAAACUGGUAAACCAGAAAGAAUCUUAAUUUUACCACCAUUAAAUAUUGAUAAAUCAAAAAAAAUUUUGUGAUAUUUAAUGGUAGGGAGGAGUCUAAGUAUUUUUUUUUUAAUUAAACUUUGGAGGUGGUAAAUCGUAAUCUAUGGUGUCGGUGUGGUUUGUUAAUUAUGAUAAAUUUGUAAUUUCCCAUUCCCUGCAGUAAGCCUUCGUUUUGGCGCUGCCGAUUUGGUUUCUUCAUUCCCUUACUUAAUAAGGGGCUCAGAUUAGGUGUUUAUGGAUGUUAUUAAAACAUUUAAUGACAAUGUUUAAUACCAUAACAAAAAGCGUUUGGUAUGAAAAAA